GGAGUUCUUGCCUAACGUAAGAAGUGCUCCACAUGGGUGCAGCUUGCUCAAGUUCGCUGAAACAAAUCAAGCAUAAAAAUGCAUCUCCCUCUUCAACAAGAAUCCUUGAUAAAAGAGGCUUCUGAAGGAGAUCUGGACCACCUCUGCAUAUAUCCAAACCUUCCAUCCUUACUAGCAAUUUUGAUGCACGUAUUUCUGCCAGAAUGGACAAAUAAGAAGGACCGUAGCAUUAGGAGAAGGGAGACUCGAUCUGGGAAAUGAUAUUCUCCUCAGCGAGCAAAUGUUUUUUUGGAAUGUCACGCAAUGCUGCCGGAGAAUGUUGCGUGCCAACCCACAAAAACGUUUGCAAAAGAAACCAGAGGGAGGACGGGCAUCAAAUGAUUCUGGCAGCAAAACGAAUGCAAUGUCGAUCUUGUCACCUGGCUCUGUCAUAUUUGACCCUACAUCCUCAGAGUCCAGGGCUUCGUCAGCAGCCACAAGGAGUACUUUGCACCAGUCUCCUGAGCUUUUGGCACGAUAUAAAAGAGUCAUGAGUGGAGACUUGGAACAAAGUUUGACCGCUAGGGCCAAGAUUAUCCGCAUCUUUACCAGUUCUACAUUUACAGACAUGGCGGCUGAAAGGAACGCCCUGAUGGAGAGAAUCUAUCCAAAAUUAAAGGAGUUUGCUCAGGAGAAGGGUUACGAGUUUCAGGUCGUUGAUAUGCGUUGGGGUGUCCGUGACGAGUCCACUGAUGAUCACUCCACACUGGAACUGUGCUUAAAGGAACUUAAGGCCUGUCAGGACCUUUCAACUGGACCUAAUUUUAUGGCAUUUCUAGGCCAAAAGUACGGUUUCCGCCCGAUUCCAUCCAAAAUACCUUUAAAAGAAUUUGAAGAGCUCCUCAGUCAAAUGAAAGACAAAGAGGAGAAAGCGCUGCUGGAAAAGUGGUUUAAAUGUGACAUGAACGCAGUACCACCGAUGUACGUUCUGCAGCCAAUCAGCUAUCACAUUCCUAAUAGCCUCUGUCACGAUGCUGAUCAGAGGAAAGUCGCUUUGCAGAAUUGGAGUCAGGUUUUUUCUCAGAUUCAGGACAUUCUCAGACGAGAGGCAAAAAAGUUGCAUGGAGCUGCAAGUAUUGGCGAAUUGCACAAGUAUUUCAUGUCGGUGACCGAAAGCGAGAUUCGUAGUGGUGUUCUAUGCGGGCCAAACCCGGAUGAAAAUUGCUUGUGGAUAAAUAGAAAUAUCCAGGACCUCGAGUAUAACUUGCAGAGUGAAAAUGCCCAUUACUUCAUUGACAUCAAGUAUGAUACAAAGGAGAUCGACACUGAUGCGCAGGAAAUGUUACAGCAUCUUAAGGACGUUGUGACAUUGGCCGUACCUGCCUUAAACAUCAGGAGAUUUGAAGUUGACUGGAACUCUGAAGGGAUUUCUCCCUCCACGAUACCCGAGCACGAAGAAUAUAUAAACAACUUGUGUAGAGAAGUUGAAUAUUUGAUGAAAGAAAAGAUCAUUCACUCCAUAAACAAGAGAAUCAGAGAGGAUGUUAGUGAUCCGCUGUACGAGGAAGUUGUGCAACAUUUAAAGUUUUGCCAGACCAAGUGCGAGGCGUUUUACGGACGGAAAGAAAUCCUAGAUCGAUGCAAAGCUUAUCUCCAGGAUGAUAGAUGUGACCCGCUCGUGAUUCACGGUCAGUCAGGGUGUGGCAAGACCUCAGUGGUUUCUAUGGCAGCCAAAGAAGUCUGGAAUUGUUUCAGUCAAUCGAACAUUGUCAUUCGAUACAUUGGAACAACGCCAAAUUCUUCUCAAGUUCGUCUUCUGCUUUACAGUGUCUGCCAACAAAUUUGCUUUAUCUACGGCCGAGACCCAACCAAAAUCAGACAGGACAUGAAAGAGCUGCAGGAAGAUUUCAUAACCUGCCUUAGCUUUGCCAACUCGGACGAACCGCUUUUCGUUUUGCUUGAUUCUCUGGAUCAGUUUGGACCAGAAGAUAACGCAAGACAACUGACUUGGUUACCUACAGUUCUCCCAGGCCACGUUAAACUCGUUGUGUCUACUUUACCUGACGGCCAAUACGAGUGCUUUCCAAUUUUAGAGUCUUUACUCAAAGAAGAGAACUUUAUAGAGGUCCCAAAGCUACCGGAAGAAGACGCAUUCCAGAUUCUCAGCAAUUGGCUUAAUGGUGGUGGCAGAAUUCUCUCUUCCAACCAGGAAGUCAUUGUUAAAGAAUCUCUUCAAAAGUGUUCUCUCCCAAUCUUUAUCAGAGUCGCGUUUGAUGAAGCCCUGAGAUGGAAGUCCUACUCUUCGCCCAGCGAGACUGUACUUCAAGAUACAGUCAGAGGCGCUGUAAAUGCUUUGUUUGAGAGGAUUGAGCUUCAGCACGGAAGAGUAUUGGUGCGGCAAGCCCUCGCUUACAUUACUGCUGCAAAGAGCGGAUUGACUGGAACUGAAAUAGAGGACUUACUAUCCUGUGAUGAUCGCGUUUUGAAUGACGUUUAUCAGUACUGGACACCACCUAUCAGACGUAUCCCUCCGUUGCUUUGGGUCCGUAUACGGAGUGAUUUGGCAGGUUACCUUGUGGACAGAGGUGCAGACGGUGCAAGUGUUAUCACUUGGUAUCACAGACAAUUUAUCGAGGCCGCAAGAGCUAGAUACUUGUCUGAAGAAGAGGAAUGGACAUUUACUCAUCAGGCUUUAGGUGAAUAUUUCUUGGGUGUGUGGGCAAACGGAAAAAGGAAGCCGUACCAGACGAGUAAAGGACAAGUCCUUGAAGCUGACCGUUUUGUUUCUCAUCAGCCGUGGACAUUUGAGGGAAACAAAGAGUCAAAGAAUUUCAAUUUUCGCAAGAUAAACGAGCUCCCCUAUCAUUUGGUGUUGUGCAACAACGUCGAAGCAUUAAAACGAGAAGUACUUUGUAACUUCACAUUCCUUCUUACCUGUUUAGAAUCAAGUUCCCUCCGGGACCUUAUGGAUGAUUUUGAUUUUGCCCUUGAGAAAAUUGUCGACGACGACAUCCAACUUGUGAAGGAAACCUUACAACUUUCCAAUUUUGCUCUACUACAACAUCCAGCGCAGCUAGCCACACAGCUACUCGGACGCAUUAAAACAUCAGAAUCGAAUUAUGUAAAAGCUUUACUGGACCAGGCCCGACACCCAUGGCAACCCUGUCUUUUACCCACUUCUGUGUGCUUAACAUCAUCUGGUGGACCAUUAGUUCAUUCGAUGCCCGGGCAACUAAAGCCAUCAUCCGCUAUCAGUGCAAGUGCAGAUGGAAAGCUAAUAGCGAGUGCUUCUGUUGAUACAACUUGUUCGGUCUGGGAUAUUAAGUCAGGAAGAUUGAUUCGGACGUUGGAAGGAGUAGGUGAUGAUGUCUGGUUUGUGACGAUAACCCCUGAUAAUUCAACAGUUGUGACCUCAAAGCCCGGUUCCAUAUCUGCUUGGAGGCUUUCUACCGGCCAAAGGGUGUUUCUCUUAGAGAAGCUUACAGUUGUGGCGCCAAUUUGUGUUUUUAAAGGCUAUAAUACAGUUGUGUUGGUGACGAUUUUUAACCAACACAUCAAGCUAUUUGACUUGCAUACAGGCAAUCAGAUUAAAGAAAUUUAUGACGAUAUGCUACCAAAGGAAAGUGCAAUGUCAUUACCGGUUAUUUUGUGUUCUCUUGAUGAUCACAAUGUUCUCUACACGAGCAGGGGCACAUUAUCCGGAGUUGCUUCCUCAAGAAGUUGGAUCAGAGCUGCUAAUUUGGACACCGGUAAAGUAGAGGUGAAGAUGCAGAUCGGUCCUGGCUUUACGGUACAAUUUAUUGGUGUCACAGCCUUUGACACGUUACUUUUAGUGAUGUGUGAAGGAGAACCGGAUUCGAGGAAGGGAUCCGCCGUUCAGACCAAAUUUUUCAUUUUGGAACUUUGGAAUGUUUCGAAGAAGGUUUUAAUUCGUAAGCUUGUAGACCUGUCAGAGAAAGUACGAUGCUAUGCAUUAUCGUCCGACAAAUCAAAAGCUUUGACAUUGGGAAACUCAAGGUUUUUACCAAAUGCUAACGUUUUCCGGGCUGAAUUAAAAGUGUUUGACUUGGAAUCUGGCGACAUUACCGCACAGAUGUUGACUUACCCAAGCACUAUUCACCUAGUGGAGUUUGUUGAUUUUAAUCACGUCAUUACGGCAUCUCGGGACAAGAUCGUUCGACUGUGGGAUUUAGAAAGGAACGUUUCAUCACCGGAAGACGAGAAUGAUGAGGAGGGCGAAGUAGAAGUCGUCAGUGUCUUUGGGUACCAAGCGAUCUGUUGGGAGAAAAAUGGAGUACGUCUGAUAGACUUUCAAGAAGGAAAUUUUAUCCAGUUUAUAAACGGAAUACAACCUCAAGUGGUUUGUGUUAGCGACAGUGAAGUCAUUCUGGUGUCAUCUGGAAAGAUGUACUUAUUUGACAUGAACGAGAGACAAUUUAUCCAUCAAUUUGAUGGGGAUACCUGUCAAGGAGGACUACCAAACAGCUGUUUUGUUUACAAACAGGCUCAGGUGAUUGCCAUAUCUGACGAUCAGCGGUCUCUAUGUGUGUUCGACAUCAGUGAUGGCAAAAGGAUAGAUCAGCUGGAAUGUGAACAUAUUAGAAGACUUGUCCAUUCCCAAGAUGGCGAAAUCUGUGUUUCUGGGCACAGCGUCGUAAAUGAUGAUGAGGCUAGGUCGUGGUAUAGCUACUCUGUGUGGGAUAUGAAUGAGAAGACGUGUAUCCAAAGAAUUACCCUGGAAGAAUCACAGGCAGAUUUCAGUGAAAUGCAAUUGGCUGCAGAUGGGAAUCUCCUUUCAGAUAUAGUCUACAAUCUUGCUACCCAGCUCUACAGUGCAGUUGUGUAUGAAGUGCAUACAGGAAGGCUCCUGUUUAAAUCAAAAACGGAACACCAUGUUCAUUCAGUUGCCAUAAUCGCGGAAACCAGAACCUUGAUUUUGGGUUUGUUUGAUGGCACAAUGGAGCUCUAUGACGUAGGAAAAGGAACGUGUGUUCAAAGGCUUAAGCAUGCGCACCUCGGUGCUAUUCAUCGGAUUUACACAACCAACGAUGGCUCUGUUGCGAUGACAACCGCAGGAGGAUUAGAUUCUAAAGAUCGGUCGAUUCGUUUCUGGAGACUGUGCAAAAGUAAACUCACGCUGUUUACUGUGUUCACACCAGAUGCAAAAGUAUCAUCAAUGAACCUUUCUGGCGAUGGCCAGCUUGUAGCUUUAGAAGUAACCAAAGUAGUUCCUUUUGUUCUUGUCAGAGGAACACAGCGAGAAGUUAAUCGAUUCAGCGACCUUGACCGAUUCACUUGUAAUUAUAUUGUAGAUUUAGCGGACUUGAAGGUCCUUCAUACAUAAUUUAGCACCUGUUCGUCAGGCCUUGUGCAAAAUAUUCAUUUGAAUUUGAUAGAAAGUGCAUGCUUAUUAAAAAUAUGAAGACUCUAAAGCAUUAUUCAAAGAUGUUUUAUUGAUGAUUUGUAGACGUGAAAAGUUAGUGAGCCAUACCCUUCCGCAUUAAAGUGACGAAAAGCAUGAAUAAAAAUUAUUUGUGUCUCAGGUCUUCAAAGGGUCUGCAGACAUUUACUCUGAAUUAUUUAGUGGGAAACUAAUAAAUCAAGAAAAUUAAGCAGAGAGAGCGGUUGUCUAUUCCUAUAUAA